AACGACGGAGUCCUUUUUUCAUCGACGAUCGAUUUUGGCAUCCAAAAUAAUCACCAGAAAAAAAAUUGUAAAUUGAUAUGUGAGUUGACUCAAUUCCCUUGAAUUGUUCGCCCGUUCAUAGAGUUCUUGAGGGUUUACUGAAAUCUAGGAUCCUUGCGAGAAAUUGAGCUGUGUGUAGCUGAUUGUGGGAGUUGGAAAGAUGGUGUUGGUAUUGGCGAUAGGGGAUUUACAUGUCCCACAUAGGGCGCCUGAUCUACCUGCCAAGUUCAAAUCUAUGCUUGUUCCUGGCAAGAUUCAACACAUCAUUUGCACUGGUAAUCUAUGUAUCAAAGAAGUUCAUGACUAUUUGAAGAGCCUGUGCCCAAGUUUGCAUAUUACACGCGGUGAAUAUGAUGAAGAUUCUCGUUAUCCAGAGACCAAAACACUUACCAUUGGCCAGUUCAAGCUUGGACUGUGUCAUGGUCAUCAGGUUGUUCCAUGGGGGGAUUUGGAUUCUUUAGCCAUGCUCCAGAGACAGUUGGAUGUUGACAUCCUGGUUAGCGGUCAUACUCAUCAGUUCAAGGCUUACAAACAUGAAGCUGGUGUUGUCAUAAAUCCUGGUUCAGCCACCGGUGCGUACAGCAGCAUCACGUACGAUGUGAACCCAAGUUUUGUUCUGAUGGAUAUUGACGGGUUGCGAGUUGUAGUCUAUGUUUAUGAACUCAUUGAUGGAGAGGUAAAGGUUGACAAGAUUGAUUUCAAGAAAACAUCCACAGCCACCAUCUGAACCAGUUGCUAAUUUUAUUAGGCUCUUGUUUGGCUUUAUUUGUGUCUGAACCCCAUUUUCAUUUGGUGUAUGUGAUCUAUGCCCAUCUGUAAGGAAGUUAAAAGUUUAGAAUUUGGAGUUUCUUUGGUGGUUUUUAUUUGCAUGUAAUAAGAUUUGGAUAUUUGGCUUGUAGUUGUAGGCUUCAAAAAGGAUCUGGAAUGCCAUAUCAUAAACACUUCAC